AUGGCGGCGCCUGGUCCUUGGUCUAACCUCAAGACAAACGUCAACAGAAAGGUGACAAGAAAAUGGAAAGAUGCUAAAAACGUCAGCUAUGAUGGGGGCGAUUGGGGAGAUGACGAUGAAUACGACGAGCCAGUACCGGUGUCGGCAGGCAAUGCGAGACAUCCUGGCUGGGGGCCUCAAUCCAACGUGUAUCCUUCGAAUCCAAGUGUGACCGAUCCGUCUCCCUCUCGCAGCGGUGGCAGACCUUCUUUUGAUCGCGGUGACGAAAGAAGACAUUUCUCGCCGUCUCCUGGCUUCGAUUCAGCAUACCCAACGACCCAACCAUCGCCCUUUCCUGAACCUCAGCAUGACUACGAUCCCCCUGCCUCAAGUUAUCGAGAACAACCAUCGCUCCGUGUGAAUACACAACCCCAGGGUCCGACGCCACCGGGCGCGUUCCGACCAGGUUCAAGAGGUAGACAAUAUCCGCCUUCUAGUGAUGUGCCUUUCUCUGCGCCGGGCUCAUUUCCUCAGCAGAGAAGGUCCGGUUCAAGCAACCGACCAACACAAGGGGACAUGUAUCAGCGACACGAGAGUCCGAUGAGACCAGAUAGUCGAGGAUCAAAUGCAUCAGCCAGACAAUUUCCUCCGCGUAAACAAAGUCUAAGUCAACCGCUUCCGCCGGCAGAUUUCUCGCGAGGCCAUGAGCCAAUCGCUCCUCCACAAGCACCAGUUGCUAGCGAAAGCAGUGAAGACCGGCCCAUACCAGCAUUCAUUCGGCCAUCAGACAUCUACAAGCGUAUGGAUGAGGAAAUGGAAAAAGUCCGCAAAUCACAAGAGUCGUCUCGGCCGAGCAUUGAUUCUGGCACAUCUCGAGCUAGGGAGAGCUCCGUUGGUGCUCGUUCCACGUCUUCCGAUCCAAAAGACGUCACAAAUUCGAUUCCACAGCCUUCUGAGGACUCGGAUUCGACGCGGCGCCUGAAACCAACUCUAGAUACCGUCCCGGAACGGAAAAGUGAGUACGGCCUUGAAAAUAUGCUCCAGACCUCUGGUGGUACCCAGCCAGCGGAGGACAAUCUGGCGGCUGACGGUCCCGCCGGUGUCUCAAGGCAUCCGACAACAGCUUCGUCAGUGUAUACCGAUCGUCCAGACCCGGUGUCUGCUUCGACAGUCUCGCGCAAUGCAUCACUGAAUGAAAGUAUUCCUGAGGGGGGAUCACUACCCUCUGUUCGGCCCGGUUUGGAGUUACCGAGAAUGUCAGGAUUUGGCAUCGAUUUGGGGGGAACGGGUGAACUUAUGUCUGAAAAUGUGCCCGACGAGACCGAGUCGCUUCCUCGACGACCGACUCGACCUCCCAAAGCCGACUCGGCGAAUGAUGAACGACGUGAAGAGCCUAUUCUCCCGAGCUUACAGCAUCAGCCUUCCCUGGGGUAUCGGUCCGUUGUUCAACAAGCUUUUGACGAAAGUGAACAUCAACAACCGUUCUCACCUACCUCGACGUCUGGCACGGUUGACAGGUCCAACAGUGCCUCGACCUCAGAUAUCAGUCCCAUUAUCGGCCGUAAACAAGAUUCAGCUCCAGCAGCAUUUGCAUCCCAGUCGACCUACGCAAUAAUCCCUGAGGAGUCCUCACAAACAGAAUCCCGACCGACAUCGACCGGAACGCUGACGGUUAAAGAGGCGCAAGUACAGGAGGUUGGCGAUAUCUCCCCGCCCGCUCCAAUUCGAACGGGAUAUCGUCGAGAUGUCACUCCUCCGAGUCGAGACAAUAUGCCUGCCAAAAAACCUCUUAGCGUUGAACCCUCUGUGCGUCCACAGCCACAACAUGGAUCUUUGGUUGACGAGGGCGAAGGCGAAGCAGCCGGAGGGGAAGAACCUCGUGGAAGGAUAACUAAAGACAAGCCGUUGCCUACGGUGCCGACCACCGAGGCGGCUACCUCUGAUUCGUCCAUGCCACCAACCGAACAGACAACUUCUGAAGAAUGGAAAGAGCGGCAAACGCACACGGCCAAACAUAACGAUCAGGCUGGUUUCCAAAAAAGUGACCCAUCUACACCUCAUAUUCCUUCAUCAAUCCACCGGUCAGAAAGCCCUUCAAAGGGGACUCGGCGGGACCUUGCCGGGAGACUGGAAUCUCAAUCGGGGAGAUCUAGUCCUAACAAUCCCAAUGUCCAUAUCACAUCACCGAGCAGCGGUGAAAGUCGACCAGCACCUCAGUCGAAACUGGAGAGCUUCCACCCAUCAGUCCCAGGGGGCUUGCAAUCGUUCUCGUCGACUCCAGCUGUACAGGCGCCAGACUCAAGCACGCCUUCACAACGGCAUGGGGAGGUUUUGCGGCCUCCGCAAUCUUCUAGACCCGGAAUGCUAGAUAGCACCGAGAGUGUGCCUGCUGCGAAUUCCGCCUCCAGCUCGAUUUCUCAAGGCCACGGUGUCACACGGAAAGCUUUUGCGGCCGCUGCCACAGCAGGCAGUACCCUUGCCGGGGCAUCUACUGGUCAGCGGCUCGCCCAGGAGAGGCAACAAUCUCAAGAUCCAUCGGAAGACUCAAGUGAGAAUGAAAGGGAUACUUCCAGCGCCUCUAGGAGGGAUCAUCCGAAUCCCGUUCUCACACACGCUCCACCCAUUGAGCAAAGCCAUGAGGAGAAACCUGGGAUUUCUGAUACACCUUCCGCCCCUUCUCAACCAUCCGCACAGCCAUCUUUGGGUCACCCUUCAUCUGUAUCAGCUUCUACCCCAUUGUCGAAUGCAGCUCCCAAUGAGGAUGAUAUUUCCCGGUCAACUCUUGACUAUGUACCUGCACCUUUGCGAACCAGCAAAGCGUUGGACACCUCAGUGGGUCGUACAUCGAUUCCUGGCCUUUCCAUACCCCAGGAAUCACCAGCCGACGGUGACAACGAGCGGUUGCGACUUGAGAUUGUCAAGAGUCUGACUCCGAAAUCGUCAGGAUUCACCGGUGAAACGGGCGAUCACAAUAUGCAUGCAAACUCAUCCCAAUCAACACAGAAUCGAGAUCUUGCUGAUACUGAGGUUGAUUUUAUGAGAACCACAUCUGAGAAGACCCCCAUACCUCAACCAAAAGACAGUUCCGUGCCCAAUAUUAACUCAAAUUUGGCCACUGACGAACAAGCACCGCCACCUAUUGACGAGGCCGCUUCAAAUGUCGGAAAACCUCUCCUCCAACACCGAUUUUCUUGGGAAACAGGUAGCGAACAACCUCCCCCCGCACCCACCUCCGUGUCCACACCAAAACAACAGACCUCCCCUUCUACGGGUUCCCCUGAUACUAUCAGAGCUCGGAUCCAGCCAAUGACGAGUGCCAUGGAGACCGCAGGGCAGGGCCCUGACUUGGGUCGAGGUUUGGAUCGAGAAGCCGCCAUGCCAGCGCAAUCAGCCUUACCUUCGGAGGUCUCCAAUAUUGCCGUCACGGAAUCACAUGCAACACCUCCUGUCCGACAAUCUACCAUGGAGGCGGCAUCUUUCCGUGCGAUCAUGAAUCUCAAGACUCCUCAAGAACGGCUCAUGGCCUUCGACGAGAGCAGGCGCUUAUAUGCGAUGCCCGAUGGACAACUGGAAGGUUUGUUAUUGUCCAUGAAAACUUCCGAGCACUCUGAGCUAUUUGCCAUGAAUGGGCGCAUCUCCCAGGAUACGACUGAAAAUGUGAUUCCUCACAAGCCAUCACCUAGAAGGCUUUUGACCGAGUCAACCCCAGCCCGACACAUGCAAGAGGAUGGAAAGAGGUUGAUGGCAGCGGCUGGAAGAUUUGGUGGGAAAGCAGGAAGUGCAGCGAAAGGCUUUUUUGCCAAAGGAAAGGAGAAAAUGCGUAACGCGAGCUCUGGUGAAAAGGGUUUACUUACCAAUCGACGAAAGUCGACUGGCCCGUCCACGACCGAACCCGAAAACAUCCCUUCUCAGUCCCAGCCUCGCGAUUCCACAUUCCUUGAAGGCUUACCGCCAAUUCCACUCACCACCUCUCCUAUCUCCCCUUCCGAUUGGUUUUCAAAGCCAGAUCUCCAAAGGUCUCAGGAUAGCGAUCUGCAACGGACCAUUCAACCUCAAGGUGCCGCUUCAUCGACUGUUUCGGUCGGUCAAGAAACAGACAAGUCACAAGCUAGGCACGUUGAGGAGAUUCCGACGGGCCCUGUCGGAUCUUCGGUUGCCGUAUUGCCUCUUUCUGCCCCAGCGAGCCCGACAAUCUCUGCUCUUGAGAGUGAACAUCACGACGGUGCUCGAAUUCCGAGCCGGUCUAUCAGCCAGGUGACCAGACCUACCGCAGAAUGCUCUCCCGUUGAAUCACCUCACCGGGGAAAUCUAGAGCAAAUCACAGCACGAGAAGACACAGUCUCUCAAUCUCGCCGGGCUCCUGAUGACCACGACGACCCUGCUAUGAAUGUUCUCACUGCUCCAGGCCUACUAGGAAGGCACCUUGACGGGUCAAAGUCUGAUGUUCACUCCAACGAUCGAAGUCUGAAUGUGCCACGAAACAACCGUAGAUCACUUGUGUCGGAUGUGUCAAGUGCGAGUCCUAGCCCGGGGCCGGGUGCUCCCAGCCUACAGCUCAGACGAAGCGUAUCCCCUACAGAUGAAGAGUCCAGGAGACCAGAAGCGAAUGUGCACGAACAAGCUGAUAUACAUACUCCUCCUCCCCCACCACCUGCAAUAUCAAGUCCUUCCGAUAUCAAGGCGCGAAUCUCCGAGCAACCAAACUUGGACGCUGCAGACGAAACAAUGGAGCCUCAUCGUAAAGAAAUUCUCCCGCCAGGCAUAGAUGAGCCUUAUGCGAUGCGACAAGAUGUGAAGCCUAAGGUUGAGACAGUUGAAGCAGCUGCUCCUGGCGAGACCCAGUGGCCACAGCCUGAGUAUGGGUACGAGGGACAAAGCCAAACCCAGACACGUCCGUUCUCCUUUGCCGGCUUAGAAGGUGUGGGCGAAAUUCAUCAGUCCCAGCAGCUACAGGUCUCCGAUCUCAGUAUAUUUCCGACCAGUUCGAUGAGCCCGGUGAACCAGAAGCUCAGCAACCAAAGGCUCAGUCAGGAAAUAUCACAAGUCAGUGUCGAUGAAGUUACCGGCCCGUCGAACUCGUUUGGUCAACAGCAAUCAAGUCCAUACUCUAGACCUUCAGGAGUGGAUUCAAAUGUUAGAGACCAUCCACCUUUCAGAACUCCCGAACCUGAGCAGCCGCCAAUGAAUAGAACUCAACAAUAUUCUUCGGGAAGUCCACUGCCCAGUGCAAGAAGACCUCGGGAGGAAUUGGAUCGUUUACGCCAGCUGAAAGAACAGCAGCAGCAGCACACCAGUUUGCAGCAAACGCAACCAACAGAGGAGGAGGAACGGGAGGAGGACUAUCGCAUACCAGGGCCAUAUGUUCAAGAGUAUAGAUCCCCAAAGCAAAUAUCCACCCCGAAAGUUGGACGAAGUCAAACUCAGGUGCAAGCCAGUGGACAACCAUUACCGAGCGCUCUGAGAUCCCAGCAAUAUCCUGUUCUGCCGCCUCACCUGGCUCGACCUGCACAGCAGUCUGCCAGGGCAUCGUAUCCUGUCAGAGAAUCCACUUACCAGGGCCAUCCAGAUUACCGCAGCCACAUGGGACACGUGCCCGAUCCUGAUACGCUUUAUCAAUAUGACUUGAAACCUGAAGUGGACCUUCAACCUAUGGGGCUGCCACCUUCACCCGCACCCCAACCGACGACUGCCGCGCCUGCUACAGGCGACUCCAAGGCUUCCAAGAAGAGUACGUGGGGAGGGCUUUUUGGUGGUACUUCAAAGUCGCGUUCAAAAUUGCAGAAUCAAAACCGAGCAGAGACACCUCUUGGAGAGCAGGGCGGCCAACAAAAAGAAAAACGCGCCAGCAUGUUUCGACGAAACAGCCAGCAUGACAGUAUUUCGUCACAACAAAGCGGCCAGUAUCGGGGUCAAGACCGGGUGGGCCAACUUCCACCCUCAAACAUUCCAUCUCAUUCUGCGAGACGACAAUCGAGAGAUGUUCUCAUGACCCCCACUCCAGAAUCGGCUCAGCUGCCCCCAGAUGGGAGGAAGAAGAAGAAAAGAUUCUCCGGGAUUGGUAACCGACUUUUCAAAAGUAGCAGCAUUUCCAGAGCCUCAACUACUCCGAUGCCAUCUACACAGAAUCCUUUGACCACAACAAGUCGCCAAGUCGAACUACAGCAUCCUUCCCAAAGUGUGAUGUCCCCACAGAGCUAUUCAAACCAGAAUUUGUAUGGCCAAUUCCCCAGCGGACCACGCGGUUACGUCCAUCAAGACUCAAGAGAGCCGCGGUCUACGCAGAGUGCGUAUGCUCAGUAUUCAACUCAUCAGCACGCUUCAGAUUAUCCAAGAGUGGCAUCACCAUACCAACAUCAAUCCCAGCCGGUCGACUACCCUUAUUCCUCGAUGUCAUCUCAGGCCCAACCUCCCCAAGCGCCACGGCUUUACCCAUCUAACACAUAUCCAUAUCUCAACACUGAACAACGCCGGCCGUCUGAUCUUCGCAUUGAUACAAGUGGUAGCAACGGCAAUCUUUAUGGCAUGCCUGCCACAGCCUCCGCACUGAUUUACCCUCCCCACGAUACCUCUUUCGCCUCCGGCGCCGCAGCAGGAUCCUACAAUCCUAGCCCAAGCCCCGUACCCGACAGAGGAGCCUCUUCUGCUGCAAGUGUGACCCCAGCCAGGCGCCAGCCAACACCUACACAGCAAGACCCUCGAGCACACGUGAUCGACCUACACAAACGGUCGCGAUCACCAAGACUCGGUCGAAGAAGCUCUUCUGAGGACCUCAAUGCACAACGCCAACAAGAAGGGCAAAAUCCUGCCCAAGUAUCCGCACCCGGAGCAGGUGGACCGGUGAGCAAACUCGGCACAUUCAGUUCCAAGAAAAUCAGUCCCGUAGGUGGCAUUCCCCGUGGAGAGGACGAUCAGGAACGACCAUACGCAAUUGGCAUUCCGGGGCUAGACGAGGAGGACGAUCGAAAGAAAAAACUGCGAGAGCGAAUUGAGGGCGCCAACGCCAGUGGGCGCAGCGAGACGCCCGUCAGCGUCGAGUCUAUGGGCACGGGUACCGUGGGCCCAAUGUCGGGGACUCUCCUCGGUGGAGGACUAGACCGGAACAUGAAUGUCCUUGAAGACACUCAUGACAACAGCAGCAAUGACGCAAAGAGGAAUGCCCGGGAUAAGAACUCCGGUUUCAUCGCCGAACUCCCUGGCUCCCGCGCCGAAGGGUACGAGUCCGAAGAGGAGAUUCCCAUGAGUGCCACGGCAUAUCCUGGACAGGAAUGGAUGCCUGUCUUUGUGAACGAUGGGAGAUGGGACGACUGA